ACAAAAGCAUACAGAAAUAAAAUGGCAGCUGCAGAAGGCACUAGUGAGACCCAAAAUUCUGAGACAGAAUCGCCGAAACUUUCUGAAUUAUUAGAUCGUGGAUGGAAAUUGUACGAGGAGGUUGACAGCACCAACGAACCCACUGGAUCCAACCCUAUCCAGGUUAAAGUCAAACGUGGGAUUUUGCAUCUGGAGGAGGCAACGCGAAUGGUAGCCCAGCUCGACUUGUUCAGCCGAAAUGAAGAACUGGAGGAGAUAGCGACCACCGAUCUCAAGUACCUAAUGCUGCCUGCACUUCUUGGGGCUCUGACAAUGAAGCAAGUGAACAUGGCAAAGCGCCUGGAACAGGUCCAGACGGCGAAGGUUUACUUUUUUGACUUCUUGAAAAGAUGCAAAGACUACAACAUAAUGAAGUUCGAACUACCCAAAACAAACGACAAUUCUGAUGACACACCCGAGGACGCAGAGAAUGGACCGUCGUCAUCUGUCAAACCUCCGGAUUUGAUUGCCAUGGCAACUCAGAGACAAGCAAAAAUCGAAAGAUAUAAACAGAAGAAAGAAACAGAAGCUAAGCUGUCAGAAAUCAAGUCUAUAGUAGAGAGUGGGCAGGCAGAGGAUGAAGUAGUUCGGGACUUCUACCUCCUCACAGUCAGAAGAUGGAUUACUAUUGCUUUGGAAGAAAUUGAGAGCAUUGACCAGGAAGUGGAGAUUUUGAAGAAGAUGGAUAUACUUAAACAGAAUCCACCAAAACCGUCACAAUUCCAGCAGAGGCCUCCAAUGAAGCCCUUCAUUCUUACGAAAGAUGCUGUUCAAGCCAGAGUGUUUGGUGCAGGUUAUCCCAGCCUACCAACAAUGACGGUGGAUGACUGGUACGAGCAACACAGAAAGCGUGGAGUGCUCCCCGAUCAGGGAAUCCCAAGGAGUGCUGCUGACAUUGACAACGAAGAACGUGAGAGAGAGGAAAAGGAGCGGCAGAUAGAAAAUGACGAUGAGGAGGCUUUGCAGAAAGCACGGGACUGGGACAACUGGAAAGACACCCACCGAAGAGGCUAUGGCAACCGCAAAAACAUGGGCUGACGUGUGUCCAGGUCAAAAUGCUUUCCUGGUGAUGUGCUGCAUUCACACACAUUUCAAUAGCAUGCAGACACGAAACAGUUAUAAACAGAAUGGCCAAUGUUUUUGCCUGCCGUGAAAAAAACGGCAACACAUUGAUUGAAAGUUGCUGUUAGUUUUGUAGAUUUUCAUGUGUUUGCUCAUUUGAUGUUGCCUUGUGAUGUAAUCUGGCAGUGCAGAAUACUGGGUCAUUGGUUUGGAAGGGAGGGGUUAAGUCAAAGUUGCCAGGUUAUUUUUUUCUGGAAGAUAUUAGUUUUAGGGACAUUCAGCCAAUUGAAUUUUUGCUAUUAUGGCCAUUUCUUCAUGAGUUUUGAAUGAGACAUACUGCUCUUGUGGUCAGAUCAGACCACCUUGAAAAAUAUGACCGCUAAUGUGAACGGCAUCUGUGUCUGUUCUGUGCUGGUCUACAUCUUGGAACUUGAUAGUCUAAAGAGAUUUAUUUUUUUGAAUGUCAACACUUGUUGCAAUAUUGUUUUAAAAAUAACCUCUUGCCAAAAUAAA